AUGUCUAGUGAAAUACUUGACUACACUACUUUUCUACCGUUAAUGUUACAAGCUCAGGACCUUGUAACUAAAUUGGAGAGUAGGGUAAUUGAAUUGGAAAAUGACCUAGAGACGAUAAGUGGAGUUCAUGAACAAGAACGUGAACAUUUACUUGAAGAAAUUGGAGAAAAAGAUGAAUAUAUUUAUAAUCUUCAAACCAAAAUCAAUAGAUUUGAAUUUGGUACAAAAGAAACUAUAACUGUUUUAGCCAAAACUUUAGAAACCUUUAAAUCACGAAUUAAUAUUAACAACAACAAUAAUAUAAAUAAUGUUGAAGACGAUAGCUAUGGUGAUCGUGCUACUAAAACAAUUGAACAAACGGAUUUGGAAGAACAACAUCGUAAAAGUCAUAAAAGACAAUCAUCAUCGUAUUCAAUCCGUAAAAGAAGAGAUUCAAAGGUUACAUUAAGUGAUGAUGAAAAAUUAGAUCAUAAAUUAAAUAUUGUUGGAUCGAAUGUCGUUACCAACAGGGCAUUAGUUGAUCAAAGUUUAAGAAGAGAAUCUAUUAUUAGCCAAAUUUCAUUGGAUGAUCUUGGUGGACUUGAUGAAUAUGAUUUAGAUGGUGAAGAAGAUAUAGCUGAAUUUAAUAUAUCUGAUGAGGAAGAUUCUAAUGUUCAAAGAGUACAAUGUCAUUCAUUAACAAUGACAUCAUCACCAUCACCAUCACCAAGGAACUCCUUUGAUGGGUCACGUGUCGAAAAAGAAAAAAGGAGACCAAAUUCAAAGGUUACAUUAAGUGAUGAUGAAAAAUUAGAUCAUAAAUUAAAUAUUGUUGGAUCGAAUGUCGUUACCAACAGGGCAUUAGUUGAUCAAAGUUUAAGAAGAGAAUCUAUUAUUAGCCAAAUUUCAUUGGAUGAUCUUGGUGGACUUGAUGAAUAUGAUUUAGAUGGUGAAGAAGAUAUAGCUGAAUUUAAUAUAUCUGAUGAGGAAGAUUCUAAUGUUCAAAGAGUACAAUGUCAUUCAUUAACAAUGACAUCAUCACCAUCACCAUCACCAAGGAACUCCUUUGAUGGGUCACGUGUCGAAAAAGAAAAAAGGAGACCAAUAAAUUCAUGUACAAAUUGUAAUAUAUUACUUGUACAAAUAGAUCAAUUUAUUGAUGAUCGUGCAUAUCUUAAACGAGAUCUUUCUAAACUUGCAACUUCGCUUUCAAAAGAACAAACUAUUCGUAAACAAAUUCAAGCAAGUAGGAAAAAUUUAGAACAAGAAAUUGAUCGAUGGGUAAAUGUAAUGUUUGAAAAAGUCAAUCAUAUGGUAUCUGACGAAGCUAGGAUACGAGAAGAGCUUGGUUUGUUGAAUAGAGAAUAUGAUGGGAAAUUUGAAUCGUUGAUUAAAACAUCUGAUAUUAGGCAAGAACAGCUACGAGAAUUAAAAUCAUUAUUGAUUCAUAUUGAUUCUACUAAACAAAAACGAGUUGGUUCAAUGAUUUAUCCAGAUAAAAUUUCAGAAUUAUCAUCAGCCGAUAGUUUCAUGACCAAUGAAAUUAACAAAAAUGAUGAAUUUGGAGCAACAAAAGGCAAAAAUAUUUACAUCGAUGGAAUAGCAUUCGAAGAAUUUCAAGAAUUUAUUAAAUCAUUGAAGACAUCACCAACGUUUAAUAAUAAUGCACCUAAUGCUACGAGUGCAUUUAUGAAACGAUGUAUGACAGAAGACAUUCAACCUUGUCUUUUUGAAAAAAGUACUGGGUGGAAAUCACCAUUCUACAAAAAAAGGUUGAUAGAUGCCAUAAUAAAAAAUCAAUGUGAAAUUCAAAAAAUAUCAUCGAGUAAAUCAAUCUCUAGUCAAACCAGCAGUGAUAACUCUUUAGCAGCAACGGCAGCACCAAUAAUAGUAAAAUGUGGACUUUGUGGAAAGUUAAGAACUUGUGAAUUUGCUAUGAGAUUAUCAGGAUCAGAUGCAACCGUUCCAUCGUCAAUAAAUGCUAAUGGUGGAUGGAUUCUACUUGAUCGAUUUUGCAGAGAUCGUAUUGUAGCAGUAUGUGAUUUUUAUGGAUAUUUAUCACAUUUGCGGCAAGGAUUAUUUAAUAAUUCGCCUAUAUGGAAAAUGUAUAAACAGUGCUUGAAAUAUCGUAGGAAAAUGAGUUUAGCACGUGUUGGAAGUGUCACGAUGGUUUUACUUGUUCAUUAG